CCAUACCUGCAAUUAUUUCUAUCAUUCGAUCUUCAUAGUUCUUAAUUUCCUUCAAAAUUUCAUCUAAAACUUUUAUCCUUGCUGCUUUACUAUACCAAUCAGAGAUGGCUGCAGCUUUGGUUGGAGGUGCAUUUCUGUCUGCUACUCUUCAAACCUUAAUGGACAAACUAACUUCAACCGAGUUUCGUGAUUAUAUAACAAAAACAAAGUUGAAUGAAUCAUUGAUGGAUGAGAUGGAAACAAGUCUACUUACUCUUGAGGUUGUACUAGAUGAUGCAGAGGAGAAGCAGAUCCUCAAACCCAGAAUCAAACAAUGGUUGGAUCGGUUAAAAGAUGCAAUCUAUGAUGCUGAGGAUUUGCUCAAUCAAAUCAGCUACAAUGCCAUACGAUGCAAGCUGGAGAAGAAACAAGCUAUCAAUUCUGAAAUGGAGAAGAUUACAGAUCAGUUUCGGAACUUGCUUUCAACUACAAACUCAAAUGAAGAGAUCAAUUCUGAAAUGGAGAAGAUUUGUAAAAGGCUGCAAACUUUUGUCCAGCAGAGCACCGCCAUCGGCUUGCAACACACUGUAAGUGGUAGAGUUUCUCAUAGACUGCCUUCAAGUUCAGUGGUAAAUGAAUCUCUCAUGGUGGGUAGGAAGGAUGACAAAGAGACAAUAAUGAACAUGUUGCUAUCACAGAGAGACGCAUCCCAUAAUAAUAUAGGUGUUGUUGCAAUUUUGGGCAUGGGAGGUUUAGGAAAAACUACCCUUGCCCAACUUGUUUACAAUGAUAAAGAAGUUCAACAACAUUUUGAUUUGAAGGCCUGGGCUUGUGUGUCUGAGGAUUUUGAUAUUAUGAGAGUAACAAAGUCUCUCCUUGAAUCUGUCACUUCCACAACUUCGGAUAGCAAAGAUCUUGAUGUCCUUCGAGUUGAGUUAAAGAAAAUCUCGAGGGAGAAAAGAUUUUUGUUUGUUUUGGAUGAUCUGUGGAAUGACAAUUAUAAUGAUUGGGGUGAACUAGUAAGUCCCUUCAUUGAUGGAAAACCUGGAAGCAUGGUGAUUAUAACAACACGCCAACGAAAAGUUGCUGAGGUGGCAUGCACAUUUCCUAUACAUGAACUAAAACUUCUAUCAAAUGAAGAUUGUUGGUCUUUACUCUCAAAGCAUGCAUUGGGCAGUGAUGAGAUUCAGCAUAAUGCAAAUACAGCCCUUGAAGAAACAGGCAGGAAGAUUGCAAGAAAGUGUGGAGGAUUGCCAAUAGCUGCCAAAACACUUGGAGGGCUUCUACGUUCAAAGGUAGACAUAACAGAGUGGACUUCAAUUUUGAACAGCGACAUAUGGAACUUAUCAAAUGAUAAUAUUCUUCCUGCAUUGCAUUUGAGUUAUCAAUAUCUUCCCUCUCAUUUGAAAAGAUGUUUUGCAUAUUGUUCAAUUUUUCCAAAGGAUUAUCCACUUGAAAGGAAGACAUUGGUUUUGCUGUGGAUGGCAGAAGGCUUCCUUGAUUGUUCUCAAGGGGGAAAAAGUUGGAGGAAUUAG